AUGUCAUCCUCCUCGGAGUCUAGUACCCGCUUGAUUAUUCUGACUUACGGCGAAUCUCAUGAUGACAAUGUGCCCGAUGGUUCAGUUGAGCACGAUGCAACUUUCGAGGAACGCCAACAAAAAAAACUGAUCAAAGCGAAAAGCCUCAAGGUCCGAGGUAACUUCAACCGGAAGACAUGGAUGACGCCCCAUAUACAAAACCUCUUAGAUAGGCGCAUGCCCCGUCUAGAAACCCUUGUAAUCCACCAUGUGGAUGACCAAGGCAAGCCCACUGUCGCGAAAUUCCCCUCGGACCUGGACGGCAGCCUCUGCUGGUGGCAAUCCCAUGACUUCAAACAUCUCUCUCUCUUGAACGUUGCAGACUUUCCUUCCACUGAUAGUGACUUCUGGACGAGGCUUCAAUACCUCACCCUUGGUCCGUGCAACGCGACGCGCCCGUCCAUUACCACCGCCCAGCUGGUCAAGGCACUCAGCAGCGCCACUAGCCUCGUCUGCCUGAAGAUGGAUAAGUUCCUGAGCGCUGUCGUGCUUCCUACCGAUUCACGUGAAUUACGGAACAGGACGUCCUGGGGCCUAGAGUCUCUCUACAUCGAGGACGCUCCCGGGAAUAUCCGCUCCUUCCUCCAGUCUUUCCAACGUCUCCUUUCCAACUGCAAGACGUUCUUUAUCACCGAAACAGAAGCCACCGACGACCCCCCUUUCAUACGUACAAUCCCGUACAAAUGGAAUCCCCAGUCAUUGAACAUCGUGCGCCUCACCGUCGCCCCCGAGGGCCCCUACGUCGUCGUCUCCGGCACCGGCGCAACCAAUGCGUCCUCGUUCACACUCCGCACGCCCUCCUUCAACUUCGACACGGGCGUCUGCUACCUCCCCUGUCUUUUCCGGCCUUUCGCCACGCGCAGGCUGCAGGAGCUCGACGUCACCUUCCCGGACUCGACCGUUCCCCAGGCCGACCUCGACUCCUGGACGCAGAUCUUCACGCAACUCCGCACCGUGACCACGCUCACGCUCCGCGCCGCUGGCGGGACCACCCGCCCGCUCGCGAACGCCCUGGCCGCGGUCGCGCGGACUCUGCCGGGGCUCGCGUCGCUGGACGUCGUGGGACUGCGGUUCGAGGCUGCGGAGCUGAAGGAGAUUGUUGGGAGCGCGCACUCGCACUGGGCGGAAGGGCGCCCGCGACCGCCGAUCGCGCACCUGGGAGUGGGUUAUGUGAGGCGAAGGGACAGGGACCGCGCGAGGGAGUACAGCGCUAGCAGUCGUUCCCUGGCCUCCUGGCUGGAGAAGUGCGUGGCGCCGGGCGGGUUCGAGGUGUGGUGCCAGCAUCAGGAGCGACGGCAGCUAGUUGGAAGGUAA